AACAACAACAAACAAAGCCCCACCAAAAUUCGACCGUUUCGGCGUCUCCCCUUUCGCCCUUUCCCACGCUCUCUUUUUCCUUUUCUCUGCGCAGAAGAAAUAAGAAUGGAGUUCUUCUUCCCAUGACUGUUUCUGUCCGUACUUCUUCGAAAUCAGGGGGAAAGUGAAUAAGGAUAAUUGCAGCGGUCGCGUCUGAGUGUUUUGUUCUAAGAUGGGGUGUUUUCUCGGCUGCUUUGGUGGUGCGAAGGAACACAGACGACGCAGCGACAAAGGAAGCCCCCAGAGACAUAGAAACCGUAUUCAGAAUGUGCUGCAGGAAAGUGAAAUUACUGCAGAACACUUCAUCACUGAAUCAAAAUCCAUUGCCUUGGACUCAGAGUUGAGAAAUAAACCCGAAGGAGUUGAGCAACUGAGUCCAAGCCCCAAAAGGAGAGUAACUUUUAACUCCAAUGUUACGGCAUACGAUCAUGUUCCAGUCCAUGAAAGUAUUGAUUCUCAACCAGAUUAUGCUACAAAUGCUGAUAAAGAAAUGCCCAAAGAUCUGAAAAUGUCGCAGCGAUCACAUUCUUUUUCAGAAGACAACGAUAACUCUGCUACAUCCAGUGUUAGAUUGUAUCCUCCGAAUCACAGGUACCAUAACGCCAGAGACAGUGAUGAUGAAUUCGAUGAAUACGGAGACAGCGACCUGGAUGAAUUGGACGAUGAAGUUCAAUACGAAGAAGAUUCUGUGUCAUCCGAGAAUCAUUCAGCCACGAAAUCCCAGCUCAGUGAUUCGCAAGAACACAUUAAAUUUGGAUUGAAAACUAACCCCAGAGAUAGAAACGAUUAUCUUCAUUCAGUGCUCGACCCUGUCGAGAAUGUCACUCAAUGGAAAGCUGCAAAGUCGAAAGGGUCGUCAUUUUCAUUAAAGCCACAAAAGGAGAACACCAGCGCCAAUUUUGACGCUCGUCAUAUACCUUUGGAGCAGCCUCAGUUCAGUUUGAAAAAAGGAUCUGAUCAAUUGAAGAAUCCGAAUCAAGAAAGUGCAGUCGAUGCAAGUUUAUCGAAUUGGUUGGCAUGUCCUGAGCCCGUCGUGUCCAAACAGAUCCUGUCAGAAUCACGUAGUUCAGAUAUGAGCUACGAAGAAAGGCCAAUUUUAGGCGCUUUGACAGUCGAUGAGCUCAAACGAAUAUCAUUGUCAUUGCCGCCUAGUCGAAGCCCCGAUGAGAUGCAAAUUAUCGGCACCGUCGGGAACUAUUGGAGCCAUUCAGAUUGGUCUAAGCAUCAUCGAAUUUCAGCCUCUUCUUUUCAGAGCAGAGGUGUUUGAAAGCAUAAAGUUUGCAGGUAACUUACUGACGGGACGAUGAACUUUCCGGUGAGGAGACAGACGGCUGGGAGCAUGCAGUAGGCGAGAAGUGCGAUGGAGGUGAAGGGGUAGACGACGGUGUUGAUAUAAGCCAGUCGUUCGAGCCAUUUGAGCUUUCCGCCGUAGGCGUACCAGAGGGGGCAGUGUCGACUGAGGAAGA